AUGGCGGAACCCCCAUCCUCAAAAGCUGAAAAACUAGCCCAAUACUUCAUCGAAAAGCGACCGGAAGGCAGCACCAAAAGCUCCCCCAGUCUGCUCGCUCAAAUCGAGCAUCGGAUAAAGCUAGUUUCCUUCUGGGCCAUCGCUCCCGGAUCCAGAGUUCUGGAAAUCGGAUGCGGUCAAGGUGACUGCACCGUAGCUCUGGCCGAUGCAGUAGGAGAGCAUGGACAUGUCGAUGCGGUUGAUCCCGGGGCGCCGGAUUAUGGCGCUCCUUUUACACUCUCUCAAGCACAAUCCCACAUCACGAACUCCGCCCUGGGACCCCGUAUCGCCUUCCACUGUACCACCCCAACGUCGUACAUAGAAUCCUACACUGGCGCUCCAUAUGACUAUAUAGUCCUUUCCCACAGCAUCUACUACUUCUCCAACCCAUCUAUCCUCCCUGAUCUCCUAUCCUCCCUCUCCUCUCUCCCUGCUUAUAACACGCAUCUAUGUAUUGCUGAAUGGUCCCUUCACUCUCGCUCGCAGUCCUCAUCCCCCCACGUCCUCACGGCUCUUUUAUGCUCACUCCUGGAGAGUAAACAGACCGUUGAGUCCAGCGGGAAUAUCCGCACCGUGUUAUCGCCAGAACAGAUCUCUAGGGCGGCGCAGAAAUCGGGUUGGGGGAUGGAGAGGGAGAGUGUUGUGGAGACGGGGGAGGGCAUGCAGGAUGCGUAUUGGGAAGUUAGGGAUUUGAUCCGGAAAAGACAUGGGGAGGGAGGUUUGUUGGCGGGGUUGGAUGGGUUGGGGGAUGCGGAGCGGACGGUAAUUGAAGCCAUGGGAGAUGCUGUUGUUGGUGCUGUUGGUGGCGUCGACGGGGGACUGUCGGGGAUGAGGUGUAUGGAUGUCUGGAUCGGCCGGUUUGUUAGAUAG